AUGAUUUAUUCACUGUCUGAAAGGAUACGAAGGAUGGCCUUGGCAACGUCAAGGACACAUGGUUCCAAACCACUUGCUGUAACCAUGAUUCGUAUUUUCCGUUUAAUCAAAUAUUUAACCAACCUUUCAAUUAAAACAGGGAUAAAAAUAUUUCGAUUAAUAUUUGUUCAAAGGUCAACAAUAAGUACUUUUAUAUUUGCUUAUAUUUAUGAAGUAGUCCCAAAACUACUAUCUCGUUUCUUUACCCAUUUAUUCAAAUUAGAUUUCAAAGGGUUUAGCCAUGAUAUACUCCUGGUCUUAUCUGAUCCCUUGAGUCCAGGAAGAUUACCAGUAUUUAUGACAAAACUAGUAGCUACACUUAAUGCAUUUAUUCCAAUUUAUAGAUCCAUAUUAAUAUCUUCUGUUGAUCCAGAGAAUUUAUCAUUCAUUAGUUCACUUUGUGCUGCAUUCACUUCAGCAGCAUUAAACUUCCCAAGUUUCCAAGCAGAGAAGAUUAAACAAGACAGACAUUAUACAUUAGAUUGGACAUUAAUUUUAGUAACUAGAGCUUUGGAUACUGUGAUCACAUCGAAUUUUGCUAAACUCGCUAAUCCCAAGUCUAAAACUUUCAAACGUUUAGAUCAAUUUGGUGAUGUUUUGAUGUUUAUGGCAUCAUGUUAUGUCAUUAUGGAUACUUGGUUUUAUGAACCAGAAAAAUUACCCCCAGAUUAUAAAAGAUGGGUCGAUAAAGCUAGUGCUAUUGAUUCAGAAAUAGUGCAAGGAAUCAAUUAUCUCAAAACUAACAAACUUAACUACGACCUCAAAGACAAUGGUGGUGUACAUCAUGAUCAUUUUGAACAAUAUUGUAUCAAACACGGCAAGAAUCCAAACUACGGUGAUACUGGAAAAGUCAAUAAAUUACCGUGUGAAAUUUUCCAUCAAUUUAAAACUAAAAGUUGUCUCAGACAUACUGUGUAUAGAUUUUGGCUGCAGUUUGCGUUUGCAUUUAAAGCGUAUUUUGCCAUCAACGCCUUUGUUUUCGUUUUUGUUAAAAAAUUUAGGGGAAAUCCACUUCGAUUAUUGGUAAACACGAUAAGAUCAGCAUCAUUUUUGGGAACUUUCUCCGGCAUUCAAUGGGGGCUUUUCUGUUAUGUAAGAAAUAAUCAUCCUCGUUGGUUUGAUCAAAGAUUUUGGGACAUUUGGGCACUUAAAUUAGGUUCAGCAUUAAGUGGAACAAGUAUAUUAUUGGAGUAUCCUCACAGAAGAGAUGAAUUAUCAAUGUUUGUUGCACCUAAAGCGUUGGGUACAUUUGUUGACCCAGAACCUACAAACAAGAAUAUCAAAUUGGAAAUUCUUGCAUUUAGUAUCAGUUUUGGGGUAUUGAUUGCCUAUGCUAAGCUGAGUCCUACUAAAUUGAGAGGUAUUUUAGGUAAAGGUUUGAGUUUUAUGGUUAAGGAUUGA